GCGGUGAAGCAGAAUGCGGGAAGUGGAAGAGAAUCAGCCGCCGUACACAGGCAAGAUCUGCUGUAUUGGCGCUGGUUACGUGGGAGGACCCACCAUGGCCAUGGUGGCGUUGAAGACAGGUCUCACUGUGACUGUGGUGGAUCUUAACAAGCAGAGGAUCGAUGCUUGGAAUAGUGACAGGCUGCCAAUUUACGAACCUGGUCUCGAGGAGGUCGUCAAGCAGACCCGAGGGAAGAAUCUCUUCUUUAGCACAGAUGUGGAAGCUGCUGUAAGAGAUGCGGCGAUCAUCUUUGUUUCUGUCAACACCCCAACCAAGGAGUAUGGCUUCGGCAAGGGACGGGCAGCAGACUUGACUUAUUGGGAGGGAGCUGCUCGCUCCAUUAGCAAGGCGACAGUUCCGGGCUCGGCUUUGUUCCAAGGAUUCAAGAUCGUGGUCGAGAAGAGCACUGUUCCGGUCAGCACGGCUGACGCCAUGACAUGUGUGCUCCAAGAGAACUGCCCUGCUGGGGUUCACUUCCAGGUGUUGUCAAACCCGGAGUUCCUUGCGGAGGGGACGGCGAUCGCUGACCUGACGCAACCUGAUCGAGUUCUCAUCGGAGGGUCCAUGAGCAAGGAGGGAAUCAUGGCGAUCGAGGCCCUUGCUUCCGUCUACGCUCAUUGGGUCCCGCGCGAGAGGAUCGUGAAAUCCAACGUCUGGUCAGCUGAGCUCUCGAAGCUGGUAGCCAACGCCUUCCUGGCUCAGAGAAUCUCAUCCGUGAAUGCUCUUUCGGAGCUCUGCGAGGCUACAGGAGCGGACAUCGACCAUGUCGCCUCUGCCAUCGGCUCUGAUCCGGGCAUCGGCCCUAAGUUUCUCAAGUGCGGGCCCGGCUUCGGAGGCUCUUGCUUUCAGAAGGACAUUCUAAACCUGGUCUACCUCUGCCAGUCCGCUGGCCUCACUGACGUCGCCGAGUACUGGCUGCAGGUCAUCCGCAUGAACGACCAUCAGAAGAGACGCUUUGGAAAGCUCAUCGUCGACACCAUGUUCAACACCAUCAACGACAAGAAGAUUGCUGUCCUCGGCUUCGCCUUCAAGGCUGACACUGGAGACACGCGCGAGUCGCCGGCGAUCGACAUCUGCGGGACGAUGCUGAACGAGAACGCCAAGGUCACUGUCUUCGACCCUGAGGUCACAGAAGAUCAGGUGCUGCAGUUCAGAGAUCUCGACUACCGCCGCAUCUUCGACACCAUGUGCAAGCCAGCCUUCAUCUUUGACGGCCGCAACAUCCUCGACCACGACCAGCUGCAGAGUAUCGGGUUUCGCAUUCAAGGCCUGGGAAAGCCAAAGACGCUCGAAAUAGUGUCGGGCAGUUGA